AGAAAGAUACAGACUUCAGAGAGAUGGAACACACAUCAAGAGCAUUAGUCUUAGUUUUAGUUCUAUGUGUUGCGGUUAUGAUCACUCCAGGAGCGGCUCAUGACCAACCACCACAAUCAGAAUCUCCUAUCAACUUAGAGAAAUGCUGGUCACCUCUUUUUAAUGUCAAUGGAUGUGUACUCGAACUCUUCCAGUCGGUUUUCUCAGGCAAGUUUGGAGACGUUGGAACCGCGUGCUGCAAGGCGUUUUCGACCAUAGAUGCUAACUGCUGGCCUCACAUGUUCCCAUUGAACCCGUUCUUCCCACCUCUUGUUAAAGACAACUGUGCUCAGAUUGUUCCAAACUUACCAUAAGCAUAAGUUAAAAAAAAAGGAAGAGUGAAGUGUGGACAACUCUUGUUUAGCUUAGAAAAGUAAUAUAAUCACUCUUCUAUUCAUUGUUCCAAGUCUUUAUUUAAUAUCAUAUCUAAUAAAAAAGA